CGGGCCGGGGCGGGUGCUCGCCGCUGUGCAGAGCGCGCCUGGUCGGACCUGGGCGCCGCACCGCGCCGGUCGAGCGGGCACCAUGGGCUGCACGCUGAGCGCCGAGGAUAAGGCGGCCGUGGAGCGCAGCAAGAUGAUCGACCGCAACCUGCGCGAGGACGGCGAGAAGGCGGCGCGCGAGGUCAAGCUGCUGCUGCUCGGUGCUGGUGAAUCUGGGAAAAGUACAAUUGUAAAGCAGAUGAAAAUUAUCCAUGAGGCGGGGUAUUCGGAAGAGGAAUGCAAGCAGUACAAAGCAGUGGUCUACAGCAACACCAUCCAGUCCAUCAUUGCUAUUAUCAGGGCCAUGGGAAGAUUGAAGAUAGACUUCGGUGACUCUGCUCGGGCGGAUGAUGCUCGCCAGCUAUUUGUGCUUGCGGGAGCUGCCGAAGAAGGCUUUAUGACCGCAGAGCUCGCUGGAGUUAUACAGAGAUUGUGGAAAGAUAGUGGAGUGCAGACCUGCUUCAGCAGAUCCCGGGAGUACCAGCUGAAUGACUCCGCAGCAUACUAUUUGAACGACCUGGACAGAAUAGCACAAGCCAACUACAUCCCAACUCAGCAAGACGUUCUCAGAACCAGGGUGAAAACAACUGGCAUUGUUGAGACCCAUUUUACUUUCAAAGACCUUCAUUUUAAGAUGUUUGACGUGGGCGGGCAGAGGUCCGAGCGGAAGAAGUGGAUCCACUGCUUCGAGGGUGUGACUGCCAUCAUCUUCUGUGUGGCCCUGAGUGACUACGACCUGGUUCUGGCUGAAGAUGAAGAAAUGAAUCGAAUGCAUGAAAGCAUGAAACUGUUCGACAGCAUAUGUAACAACAAAUGGUUUACGGAUACGUCUAUUAUACUUUUUCUAAACAAGAAGGAUCUCUUCGAAGAAAAAAUCAAAAAGAGCCCCCUCACUAUCUGCUAUCCAGAAUAUGCAGGAUCAAACACAUAUGAAGAGGCAGCUGCAUAUAUUCAGUGUCAGUUUGAGGACCUGAAUAAGAGAAAAGACACAAAGGAAAUAUACACCCACUUCACAUGUGCCACCGAUACUAAGAAUGUGCAGUUCGUGUUCGAUGCCGUGACCGACGUCAUCAUAAAAAAUAACCUAAAAGACUGUGGUCUCUUCUAAGUCUUGCAGUCAUGGUACAGUGCAUUUUCAAACCAAAUGAGUAGUUAUCUAUGGAUCUCUCUAGACUAGAGUCUUGCAGUGACACGAAUGUAGCAUGUGGCCCAAGCACCCGGAACCCCAGCAAAGCUGCUCUGUCCUGUUUCUUUAGCUAAAGCUCACAGAAGAGCUGUUCUUCAGUUCGAAGGGCGGUCCUCGCGUGAGGAGGGGAAGGCCCGUGCUGUGGCUGGGCUCCAGGGAACGGGUGGUGGCUGUGUCCAUGUAAAUAUGCACCUGUGCGGAUAGUGUAUUUAUGACUUCAGUUUUCCACAUGACUUCUAGGUUUUAGGCGCGGCGGCUAACAACUCCGGUGUGAUAGCUUUGGAAAUUACAUUUAAUGUUAAGUAUGCUGUACUGGAUGAGUCUAUUGCUGUGUUUGCCAGUUUUAAAAAGCUUUAUUUAAGUUCAUGUCCUAUAAAUUGUUAGGUACAGUGGUUAACAUUAGGAAAUGUCACAGCUCUUAUCAUGAAUUGUAUGUAUACUUAUAUUGAUAAAAAUGUUAUUUGUACAAACAUUGAACAGACUAUUUUAAUACAUGAUUUGGUCUUUAAAUUUAAUGUUUUAUUGAAAUGUUCUUAAAGAGGAUGAGUGUAUCUUCCUUGGGAUCAAUGUAAAGUUAUAUGCAUUUUAAUUUUUCUUUAAAGAGUGCGUGCUGCUCUGGAUUCUACAUUAGAUUUGGUUUGAAAAACUAAAAUUUCAGAUUUUUGAGAAUAUUCUGUCUUACAGGCAUUUAAUUUGUAUUUGGUUUGUUUUCACUUUGAAUUUUAGUAUCCAGAAGGUAUUUGUGCAUUGCCUUAAAGGUGAUGCCAGAUUACUUUUAUACACUUUAAAAAACUACAUUUUUAUUUGUAACUUAGUUUGGGUAGAUGUUGGAAGCAUUUUUGUGGGUACAAUAAUUUUUAGCAAAAUGAAUUUUGAGACAUUCAUUUGUGUAUUUCCUUUGGGAAAUCCCUUGUACUUAGCAUACAUGAUAGUUUCUUGUUUGGAAGAUACCAAGAAAGAUCUUUGAAUACUCUCUUGCCGAUGUUAUGCAAGCUUUAAAUUCAUAUAUGUAACUAGUUUCAAACUUAAUUAUUACAUUAUGUUAAAAUUUUUCCCUUAGAUAUUCAACUUUGCUUGAAUUUAUAUUCUUUCUUUUAAAUUAUUCUAUUAUUUUUGAGAAUUAAAUGGACAAUUAUACUUAGAAAAUGAGUAAUAGUACUUACCAGAGUCAGUGAUUGUUCGUAUGUGCAAAUAAGUGUUACAUGUCAGCUACUUACUCAACUUUGACAGAAUCAUGUGACUUUUGAUUAUUUACCUUGUCUCUGUGAUCUUCUUUUAACAAAAUGAUCAGUGUUCCUCACUCUAUUUCCCUUUUUCUACUCGUCCUGAAAAACAUUCUUUUAGUAAGCAUCACUGGUAAGUAGUUUACAAGUUUAGUCACCCCUUUGUUAAAGUAUAUUUGUUGGUGUAUGUGUAUUUGUGUGUGUGGGUAAUCAUACACUACAUUCACAGCUGUUUGCUUGGGGGCUUUUUUCUUUUUUGUAAUGUGAAGAAAUUCAAAAUUACCAAAUUCUUUAAAUGUGUUAGUUUAGAUUCUUUAUGUGCCUUUCAUGAAAGAUACUCGUUCAUUCAUUUUAGCGGAGGAAGACCUGUCAGAUCCGCAUUGUGAGCUCUGUAUGAAAUUUAGCUGUAAUACGAAUAAAUUUGAAUGAGAAAUAAGGUUUAAAAAGCCACAAGGAAGCACAUAUUGGUGACCAUCAUUGACGAAUUCCUGAACUUUAUUCUGUGUAAUUGUGUUACUAAUGAAUCCUAAUAAAUUUAAAUUUUUAAAAUUUUA